GCCCCGCCCCUUGAGUUCUAUUCCUCACCGAGUGGAAGUCCGGAGCGGGUUCCUGAGUUGCGUUACACGAAAAGAAAUGUCUGUUUUUCCUGUUCGGUUCGUUUGGACCAUGGACAGUUCAACAAUGAUUGGGUUUGAAAUUCUGCAUGUGUCCCUCUGUGUCAUGGGUUUGCUCUCAGAGACUCUGUGCUCUUUAACUGUGGAGGUGGAAGCUGGAGAUAACGCCACUGUUUGGUGCCAACAUGAGCUGACUAUUACAGGUUCCAUCUUCUGGUAUAAACACACAAGUGCUUCGGUUCCACUUCUUCUUGGGUGCAGAAAGUUUAGGACAUCAGCUCCAUCACAAAACUGUUACUUCUAUAAUGAAAGUGAGCGAAUAGUGAUGUCUGUUCAUGGCAAGAACACGUCUCUCACCAUCACCGCAGUAAAUGUCUCUGAUACAGGACUGUAUUACUGCAGCUUCAUAUAUCUGGACCAAGUAAACUUUAGAAACUCGACCUUUUUACAAGUGAAAGACAGAAAUAAAACACUUUCUGAGAACCCGGACAGAGCCAAAGGUUCAGUCUCUUCUCCUGUGUUCUUCAUACUGACUGUGGUGUUCGGUGCAGUGAUUGUGAUUCUUCUCAGUGUCCUGAUCUUCAUCAUACUGAAGCACAAAGAAACACACAAAGGUGAUGGAGCAGAAGAUAAGGAGGAUCCGGACUCGGACUCAUUGCGUUAUGCUGCACUACAGUUCUCAAAGAAGAAAACCAAGAGGAGCGAGAGACGUGAUGAAAAUGUGGAUCCACAUGUUCUCUAUUCUUCUGUCAGACAGAGUAAUGUGUGUACAUAAUGUUAUACACUGAGUGCGGAAUUAUUAGGCAAGUUGUAUUUUUGAGGAUUAGUUUUAUUAUUGAACAAUAACUAUGUUCUCAAUCAACCAAAAAGACUCAUAAAUAUCAAAGCUGAAUAUGUAUGGAAGUUAGAGUGGGGCGUUUUUAGUUUUGGCCAUUUUAGGAGAAUAUGUAUGUGUUCAGGUAACUUUCACUGUGCAGAAUUAUUAGGCGACUUAAUAAAAACCAAAUAUGUAGCCAUUUCACUUAUUUAUUUUCACCAGGUACACUGAUAUGACAACUCCAGAUUUGCAAAUAAACAUAUCUGACAUUCAAACACAAAACAAAAACAAAUCAGUGACCAAUAUAGCCACCCUUCUUCAUGAGGACACUCAAAAGCCUUCCAUCCAGAGAUUCUGUCAAUUUCUUUAUCUGUUCACAACCAACAUUGUGUGCAGCAGCAACCACAGCCUCCCAGACACUGUUCAGAGAGGUGUACUGUUUUCCCUCUUUGUAGCCCUCACGUUUUAUAAUGGACCACAGGUUCUCUAUGGGGUUUAGGUCAGGUGAACAAGGGGGCCAUGUCAUUAUUUUUUCACCUUUCAGACCUUUACUGGCUAGCCACGCAGUGGAGUAUUUGGACGCAUGAGAUGGAGCAUUAUCCUGCAUGAAAAUCAUGUUCUUCUUGAAAGAUGCUGACUUUUUCCUAUACCACUGCUUGAAGAAGGUUUCUUCCAGGAACUGGCAGUAGGUCUGGGAGUUGAGUUUGAGUCCAUCCUCAACUCGAAAAGGUCCAACAAGCUCGUCUUUGAUGAUACCAGCCCAUAGCAGUACUCCACCUCCACCUUGCUGGCGUCUGAGUCGGAGUGGAGCUCUCUGCCCAUUACUGAUCCAGCCACAGGCCCAUCCAUCUGGCCCAUCAAGAGUCACUCUCAUCUCAUCAGACCACAGCACCUUAGAAAAAUCAGUCUUAAGAUAUUUCUUGGCCCAGUCUUGACGUUUUAUCUUGUGUGCCUUACUCAGUGGUGGUCGUUUUUCAGCCUUCCUUACCUUGGCCAUGUCCCUCAGUAUUGCACACCUUGUACUCUUUGACACUCCAGGAAUGUUGCAACUCUGGAAUAUGGCAGAACUGGAUGCUAAUGGCUGCUUGUUAGCUUCACACUUGAUUUUCCGCAGAUCAUGUGUAAUUAUUUUGCGCCUUUUUUCCCACACGCUUCUUUCGACCCUGUUGACUAUUUGCAAUGAAACGCUUGAUUGUUCGGUGAUCACAUUUCAACAUCUUCGCAAUUUCAAGAGUGCUGCAUCCGUCUGCAAGACAUCUCACAAUUUUAGACUUUUCAAAGUCUGUCAGAUCUCUCUUCUGACCCAUUUUGCCAGAGGAAAAGAGAUUACCUAAUAAUUAUGCACACCUGAUAUAGGGUGUUGAUGUCAUUAGACCACACCCCCUCUCAUUACACAGAUGCACAGCACCUGAUAUACUUAGGUGGGGUUUACAUUAGACCGUAUCAGCGGAUCAUCAGAUUAACGUUUUUAAAAAUGAUUAGCGUGCACACAGCAACGCCAAUACACGGAGACGCUAAUCACAUGACUAAUUCGGCACGUAAGUUGAAAUGUGUCAGUGCGGCUCAUCGCUUCCUCCUCAGCGGCUACGCUCCAAAUCACUCCGCCCUGAACAGCGAGUGCCCUCUGGAGGGUGCGCACUCCGGCCCUGCGCAGCUCACAGAGCGCGCGAGUGAAGUGCACGAGCAGUGAUUCGGGACCGAGCCGCUGUGCGCAAGUCACUUACCA